AUGAAAAUAAUAUUAAGGAAGAGGAUGCUCAAUCUUUUAAGAGUUUCCGGUUUAGCAUUUCCUGGAGAAAUUGUUAUGGAAGAGGCCAAAGCCUUUAGCGCUGUAUAUCUAAAAAACUUAUUAGAAAAUUCUGGAGAUACAUAUAAGAGAAGUUUUUUGAAAGAGGUGGAGUAUGCUCUCAUAUAUGAAUGGUCGCGUACCUUUAUUAGAUGGGAGGCAUCAAAUUUCAUACAAAUAUAUGAGUUAGACAAGCAAAGGUUGACAGACAACAGAAUUUUAGAGCUGGCAAAAUUGGAUUUUAACAUACUGCAAUUUCGGUACAAGUUAGAGAUGAAAGAACUCUCAAGUUGGUGGGAGAAUUCAGGCAUCUCCAAGCUAGUUGCAACAAGAGAGCGAACAAUGGAAUAUCUACUUUGCGUAGUUUUUGCAACAGAUAAAUUGGAGCUUUCUAGAAGUAGAAUUGCUAUGACAAAAAUCACAUGUAUUGUCACACUCUUGGAUGACAUUUUUGAUGAUUAUGCAACACUUGAGCAACUCAAAUGUAUUAUAAAUGCCAUUUCUCAAGGUUGGGAUGUUUCUAUUAUUAAAGACAUUCCAAACAACCUCAAGAUAUGCAUUGAAUUUGUUUUCAAAACAAUUCAUGAAUUAACAAGUGAUGCUACUAAAAAGCAAGGACGUGACAUGAUGCCUUUUCUUACAAAAGCAUGGGCAGAUUAUAUAGAAGCUUUCUUUGAGGAAGCACGAUGGAAAACAACUGGAUAUUUUCCCACCUAUAAUGAGUACACAAUGUUUGCUGAAAAAUGUGUAUCACUUGGACCAAUAUUGGAUGAGAGGCUCCAUGGGAAAAUUGCUUCAGCUAUUUCUUGUUAUAUGGGUGAUAAUCGACAUUGUUCAGAAAAGAGGCAAUAA